CCUUGUUGGAGGGUGAUUUCAUCAGGAAGGCAAGACACCCUGCGGUUUCCUAUUCAUGUGACUGCUACAUCUUACGCUAGUGUUAACAGUAGUAGGCAUACAAGAGUCGCGACACAAAAGCAUUUCAGGGUCUACGGUCCCUGUUGAUAAUCGGUGAAUUCUCCAUUCACAAUGUCUCUCCCUGACAAUUUGCCGGAGAUGGAUGGAGCAGACCUGCUCGGUCUCCUCUUUGAAGACCAAGACGUUGGGACCCAAGGUCCAUUAUUCUCUAAUGGGGAUAUGCUUGACGACUGGCUGUCAGAACAAGAUGUGCUGAACGCCAUGGACACGGAGGACUUCCUCAACAGCCUGCUGGGCGAGGAGGUGACCGCCGACGCAUCGUCCUGCCUCUCGCACUCGCCCUGCGGCAGCGACAGCGGCAUCUCAGACGACAGCGGCGGCUGCGGAGGCGCCGGUGCCAACUUCGUUUGCCCCAGCCCCCAGAGCAGCGACACGGAGCUGGCCUGCAGCCCUGUCUGUAUGGACGACUCGCCCGAGGUCCUGGCUGUCCAGUCGGACCACAGCUACUCCCUCAUACAGAACGACGGCAGCAUGCUCGAGAGCGUCAGGUCCGAAAGACCCGACUCUGACGUCUUCAUCGAUCUCAAUGACCUGGAGGAGGCCAUGAUUGAAGACGACUGUUCUGAUGAGCUUGACUGUUCUGAUGAGCUUCCCUGCUCUCUCACAAUCGAGGAUUCAAUGUAUCAGAAUAACUCUCCAGAGCAGUUCCAGUUCAAGGAGAUUGUUCUUACUGAUGAAGAGAGGAGGCUUCUUGCAAAAGAAGGCGCUACGAUACCAAGCCACAUGCCUCUCACAAAGGCUGAGGAGCGAACGCUGAAACGUGUGAGGAGAAAGAUCCGGAACAAACAGUCUGCCCAGGAGAGCCGCAAGAAGAAGAAAGCCUAUGUGGAUGGUCUUGAGAACAGGGUUGCAGUGUGCACUGCCCAUAACCAGGAACUACAGAAGAAAGUCCAGCUCUUGCAGAAGCAAAACAUGUCUUUAAUUGAGCAGCUCAGAAAACUUCAGGCCAUUGUGAAACUGUCCACAAUGAAGACCACCACCACCAGCACCUGUGUUAUGGUGUUCCUGUUGUCCUUCUGUUUGAUUAUAUUCCCAUCUGUGAAUCCAUUUGGCAGCAAUCAACAAAAAGGAGAGCUGUAUGCUCCCUCACAUGUGAUUUCAAGGAACAUCCGCUCCCUGGACACGUCAGCCGAGCUGCUGCUGGAGGUGGAGGACGUGGACGUGGGUGUGGGAACGCCGUUGGUGGACAACGCCAUCCUCUCCAAACACAACCAGACGCCAGGCGUGCAAACGGUGGAGCAGCCCGACUCGGAGACCGGUGUCAACAGCAACUCGUCGUCCGACUUCCCCAACGCCGCUGCCCAGCAAGACCUGAAGCCGAGCACCAACAGGGCCUCCGAGGGCCACUGGGACGCUGCCCCCGCACCCGUCGUCUACGAGGGCAUCAACGCCAAGGAGAACUGGAUCGACCCCAAACCGACAUCGGUCAUCUUACAGCAACACCGUUCCGAUGAGAUGUAGGCCUGAAAGGGAUAUUUUUGUUUUUCUUUCCUUUUUUUCUUUAAUUCAGGGAUAUUACUCUCUGAAGGGCCCCAUAAAAGACCCUUAUCUUGACCUCUGUUCCUAGUGUCCUAUGGGCAACUUGUGCAAUUCCUGUUAUUUGUAAGCCUUGAUAUAUGUUUAUAAAUGUAAUUAAUUAACUCAUUGAAUGCCAAGCUGUUUUCGGAAGCUUUGUCCUAGAGUGCCAGCAAUCUAGACCAUUGUUGAUGAUUUUUGUACAGCCACAGCAUAUUCUGUGUUAUAGCUAUGA